AUGGACCCUCUACAAGAAAUGAUGGACAAAUUGCGACAGAACAGGCAGCAGUUCCAGAAAGAGAAGGAUGCCAUGCAGGAGGUGGGAGUGAUAGAGGACCUGCGUCGGGAGCUGGAGCAUUUGCAGCUUUUCAAGCUGGAGGCUGAGAGGCCUGGCCGCAGCCGCAGCUCCUCCUCCACGCUGGCAGACGUCAGCAGCAGGACCAGGGAGAUGGAGCUGGAGCAUGAAGUCAAAAGGCACAAGCAGGGAGGCGAGGACGCUUGUGCUUGUCCAGUCCCCAUGUGCACACGGGUCUAUCCUGACCUUCUCCCGCCGAAGUGCCAGCUGUUCCCUGCAGAGGUGCCUGAGGACGAGGUGGCAGACGAGGGCAGGGAGAGGGAGUCGGACAGAGACAGUGCCGUGGAGAGCACCCAGGGCUCAGAUACCUCCGAUGGGCUGGUCAGAUCUGGGGACAAGGAAGACGCACUGGGGGACCUUUUCUUCUCUGGAGAGAAGUGCAGUCAGACUUGUAUCUCAGUGACCUCUGACCUUUCAACACGUUCCUCAGCUUCUCUAAACGAGGAGCAGUUUGAGGACUACGGCGAAGGGGAGGAGCCAGAUUACACUCCCAGCAGCCCCUGUCCAGACGACGAGACUCGUACCAACGGAUACUCUGACCUUGGCUCCUCUGUCCCUUCCAGUGCGGGCCAGACUCCUCAUAAGGUUCGACAGCAUUACACUGGAGAGCUGAUGGAUGUCUACUGUUCUCAGUGCUGCAAAAAGGUCAACUUGCUAAAUGACCUGGAGGCUCGUCUAAAAAACCUCAAAGCCAGCAGCCCCAGCAGGAAAAUCUCCAGUACCGCUUUUGGCAGGCAACUGCUCCACAACAGCAACUUAAGCAGCAGUAACGGGAGCACUGAGGACCUUUUCCACGACAGCAUUGACUCCUGUGACAUUGAUAUUAAUGAGAAGGUAAGUUUUCUGGAGAAGAAGGUGGCAGAACUGGAGAAUGACACUCAAAUGAGCGGUGAUGUCAAGUCCAAACUCAAACAUGAGAACACACAACUAGUGCACAGGGUUCAUGAGUUGGAGGAGCAGCUGAAGGAUCAGGAGACGCGUGCAGAACAAACACUGCUUGAAGAGCUGAGACGACAGCGAGAAGCGUACAGCAAGAUGGACAGAGAAAAGAACACGCAGAUAGAACUAUUGUCAAACCGAUUGAAGCAGCUGGAGGAAGAGAACAGUGAGAUGACUGCUAACAUGUGCCGGCUCAAGUCACAGACAGAAAAACUGGAUGAGGAAAAGCAAAGGAUGACAGACAAGCUGGAGGACACCAGCCUACGUCUGAAGGAUGAGAUGGACCUCUACAAGAAAAUGAUGGACAAAUUGCGACAGAACAGGCAGCAGUUCCAGAAAGAGAAGGAUGCCAUGCAGGAGCUGAUAGAGGACCUGCGUCGGGAGCUGGAGCAUUUGCAGCUUUUCAAGCUGGAGGCUGAGAGGCCUGGCCGCAGCCGCAGCUCCUCCUCCACGCUGGCAGACGUCAGCAGCAGGACCAGGGAGAUGGAGCUGGAGCAUGAAGUCAAAAGGCACAAGCAGGAGAACCAGAAGCUUAGGGAGCAGAAUGAAGAUCUGAAUGGUCAGAUCCUCAGCCUCAGCCUGUUUGAAGCAAAGAACUUGUUUGCCACACAAACGAAGGCCCAAUCUCUGGCUGCAGAGAUUGAAACAGCGACCAGAGAUCAGUUGAUGGAAGCUCUAAAAGAACAGGAAGAAAUAAACCUCUGUUUACGGCAGUAUAUGGACAAAGUCAUCCUAUCAAUCUUGGAUCACAACCCCUCCAUCCUGGAGAUCAAGCAGUAGCAGCAACCCAUCUGAGAGUCACACCUGAACUUUGUAGAACAAAGGUCAUUCCAGCUGUCUGACAACCUGUAACCCAAGACCAGAAAAGCUUGCUUUUGAAACUGGAACAUUUGAAUGGACAAGCAUCGCCCCCUAUUGUUCAAGGUGAACAGACCUUGUGCACAGAGGGCUGUACACCCAGAAGGUUUUAUGUUGGCCUGAAGAAUUUCUCAGCCUAUGGUUGCACACUGAAUGGUGGUCAUGAUGCUGAGACUGUUGAAUGUUAUCUGCCCUGGUUUCAUUCACUGUCACAACUUUAAUCUCAUGAGGCAAAACUUGAAAUUCCAGUUAAUGGCCUGUUAUGUGCUCAGCAGCAGCAGGCCAUAGUGUAGUACACUGGACACCAACACAAAUUGGUACAAGGUGUCAAACCAGUUGUGGGUUCAACUGUAUCCUUGUGUGUUAGUCACUUUGUUCACAGGCACGCUGUUUGGUGAGAGGUACUGAGGCACAUUUUUCUGAGACGGGUAAAUGUGUUGGUGAGCGCACACUGUAUUGCCAAAUGGUCAAACUGAAACAGGCCUGCAGCCGUCCAGUUUGCCUUUUUUUGGUCAAACUGCCACUCUUGUACAUCACUCUGAAGAACCCACACCUUCAUUCAGAAUGAGGCAAUGUUAUGAGGAUUCAGGUUGA